AUGAAAAUCGCUGUAGAAGGUUGCGCUCAUGGCGAGCUUGAAAAAAUAUACGAGUGUAUUGAAACAAUACAGAAGAGGGAAGGUAUAAAGAUCGAUCUGUUGAUAUGCUGCGGUGACUUUCAAGCUGUUCGUAACCACGAGGACCUGCGGGCUAUGGCUGUGCCACAGAAAUAUCAGCAUAUGUGUUCAUUUCACAAAUAUUAUAGUGGUGAGAAGAAAGCUCCUAUAUUGACAAUAUUCAUUGGAGGCAAUCAUGAAGCUUCAAACUACUUGCAAGAGCUUCCCUAUGGAGGUUGGGUGGCUCCUAAUAUUUAUUAUUUGGGUAGAGCUGGAGUUGUUAAGUUUGGAGACUUGAGAAUUGGAGGAAUGUCAGGAAUUUACAAAGCUCAAGAUUAUGGUCAAGGACACUGGGAAUGCCUGCCCUACAAUCAAAGUUCACUUAGAACUGUGUACCAUGUCAGAUCCUUGGAAGUGUUCAGGUUAGACCAACUUAAAGAGAAAGUCAAUAUAAUGCUGUCCCAUGAUUGGCCAAGAGGGAUCACUGAUUAUGGCAAUACAGAAAAGUUAUUGCACUUCAAAACAUUUUUGAGGGAAGACAUAGAGUCUGGUCAACUAGGCAGUGUUCCAGCUAUGAAGCUACUCCAAUCUCUCAAACCAGAUUAUUGGUUUGCAGCACAUUUGCAUUGCCAGUAUGCAGCAAUUGUCAAACAUGAGGCCUCAGAGACUAAAUUUUUAGCUUUGGACAAAUGUUUACCUAAACGAAAACAUCUACAGAUUCUGGAUAUACCUUCUGAGUAUGAUGGUGACAUGUGUCUGAAACAUGAUGUCGAAUGGCUAGCAAUUUUGAGGAAUACAAACCAUUUGCUAGUUGUGAAAAAUGUUAAUCAGCACAUGCCUGGACCUGGUGGAAAUGAGAGGUACGACUUUACACCUACAGAAGCAGAGAAAGAAAAAGUGAGAAGUUUACUUGGAAGUCUUUUAUUAACAGAAAAUAGUUUUGUCAGGACUGCUGCACCUUUCAAUCCAAAUGCACCAAAAAUUACUCCUCAAGAGCCAUUACUAAAUCCUCAAACAGUAGAGCUUUGUGAGAAACUUGGAAUUGAUGACCCAGUACAAGUUGUAAUGGCAAGGUCUGGUCGGAAGAUGAGACAACCAUGUGUUGAAGCUAAAGAAAUGAGACAACCAAAUGUUGAAGUUAAUGAACUGAUUGUAAAUCAAACUUUAGAGUCUCCACCAAAACCAGUUUUGCAAACUCCUAUCAAGUCAUCAAAGCUGUCACUCUGUCUUCCACCACCAGUCACACCGAGUGGGAAUGAAAACUCUUCACCCACAUCCACACCUGAAUCUUCUACACCAGCCAAUAAUUGCGACAGUUUGAUAUAUGAAUGUAGAACACCAAUGUCCGAUGGAAAGAAGAAGUCAUUCAAGAGACGAAACAUGUCCAUUUAUAAUGUUUCAGAAGAUGGAAGUAGUAGUACUGAGACAACUUCUAUAUUAGACGAAGAUAGUCCUAGUUCUAAAUACACGCGUGUAGACAAUUUAUCUCUUGACUAA